GUUGAAUCAAUUUCUUGUCUGCAGUGGAUACAUUUGGUCAACAAGUACAUCCGGAAUUAUUAUUACAAUUGAUUAAUUCUGAAACAGUUAUAUUUGAUAUUUUAACAGAUUUUUUUUAUCAUCCAAAUCAUGCUGUGGCAAGUGCUGCAUUAGAGGUUUAUAUUAGACGUUCAUAUACAGCAUAUGAAUUAACCGGUGUUCAUCAUUUUCAAUUAUCUUGUGGUAGUUCAUUCUUUACAUUCAGAUUUUUGUUACCAAAUGAAUUUGUUUCUAAUUCUUCAAGUGUUCAUAACAGACGUCCUUCAGAUUAUCAAAGAAAUCAUAAUUUAGAACAUUCAAUUGAUUCUCCAAUAGUUGAAAAUAUUCCAACUUAUCAUAUAUCUUCAACAUUAUUCAAUGUAAAUAAUUCUGAUUCACAAGAUUAUACUACUUCAUCAGAUACCACCUCUAUUACGAAUCAAAAAUCAACAAUGAUGAAUAAUUUUCAAAGUAUGAUUGAUAUUGAUACUACUCCUUUAUCUGGUGAACGUAUGGGUGGUAUGACAGCAUUUAAUUCUUUAAGUGAUUUGGAAGAAUCAUUCGAUGAAUUAAUUAGAUUAUUCAAUUCCGCAUGUAAAGAAGCUAAAAGUAUUCAUACUUCAUUAUCUGAACCAAUAUUUGAUUAUUCUCGUCAAUUCACUUCUGAUAUUGUUCAUCAAAAAUCACAGAAUAAUCAUAAUCAUAAUAAUAUUUCAAAUAAUGAAACAAAAUUAAUCAGUUUUCAAGAUCCACCUUAUCAUACAACUGAUCCUCAAAGAGAACCAAUUCAUAUAUUAAAUAUUGCUCUACGUCAAUCUUCAUAUAGAUACAUACAACCUACUCGCAUAUUAUCAUCAUCGAAUGAUGAUACAUCAGUGUCCUCAAAAUCAAGACCUUCUGGAUUCACUAAAAACUCAUUGCUACUACCUGAUUCAGUAAUUAAUGAAACAAGUGAUGUGACACAUUUAGAAGAAUUCUGUUCUCGUCAUGUUGAUCAAUUACGAGCAUCUGGUAUUCGAAGAAUUACUUUCUUAGUUGUUAAGACACGUGAAUUCCCACGGUUGUAUACUUUUCGUGCACGUGAUAAUUAUCGGGAAGAUCGUGUUUAUCGGCAUUUAGAACCAGCUUUAGCUUUUCAAUUAGAAUUAAAUCGAAUGAAAAAUUAUAAUCUUGAACAUUUACCUACAUUAAAUCGUCGUAUGCAUUUGUAUUUAGGUUGUAGUAAGAUAAAUGGAAGAAAAGAUGUAGUAGAUUAUCGUUUCUUUGUUCGUUGUAUUAUUCGUCAUGCUGAUUUAGUUUCACGUGAAGCUUCAUUUGAAUAUCUUCAAUCAGAAGCUGAACAAAUUCUUUUAGAAGCAAUGGAUGCUUUAGAUUUAGCCUCAGGACAUCCUGAUGCUAGUCGAACAAUGGGAAAUCAUAUAUUUUUAAAUUUUGUUCCUGUAUUACUCUUAGAAGAUAUUAAUAGAUUAAAGUCAACAAUUAGAAAAGUUGUAAUGCGUUAUGCUCGACGUUUUCUACGUUUACGUGUAUCUCAAGCAGAAUUAAAAUUACAUAUUCGAUUUCAUGCAUCGGAUCCUAUUGUACCAAUUCGUGUUAUGCUUCGUGAUGAACAUGGUUAUGAUUUAGGAUUAGAUGUUUAUCGUGAAGUAUUAGAUCCAUUAACUGGUAUUUGUAUUCUACAAUCGAUAAGUCCACCGAAUGGUAAAUUAAAUGGACAUCCAACUGUUACAGCACAUGAGAAUAAAGAUUUUUUUGAAGUUAAACGUUUUCAGGCCAGAAAAUUUAACACCACUUAUGUUUAUGAUUAUCCAGCAUUAUUAGCUCAAGCUUUAACUGGUGUAUGGCAAAGUUAUUGUCCUUAUAGAAAUCAAAAACAUCAUAAUCAUAUUAGAAAUGAUUCAUUAGAUAAACCAAUAUCUUAUUUAAAUAAUAAUAAUAAUGCUUUAUCAAAAUUUCAUAAUUUAAUCCCUUUAAAUAUACCAGAGAAUUUAAUAAUUACAUGUACUGAAUUAUCAUUAGAUAAACAUGGUAAUUUACAACCAAAUACAAAUACUUUAGGUACAAAUGAAAUUGGAAUGGUUGUCUGGUAUAUGGUAUUACGCACACCAGAAACUCCAUCUGGUCGUCCAAUUAUUGUUAUUGCAAAUGAUGCAACAGUUAAAGCUGGAUCAUUUGGUCCUGCAGAAGAUUUAACAUUCCAUCGUGCUAGUCAACUAGCUCGAUAUUUUGGUAUUCCACGUAUUUACUUAGCAUCGAAUACUGGUGCACGAAUAAAAAUUGCUGAAGAUAUUAAAAGUGUAUUCAAUAUUGCUUGGAUUGAUGCUGAACAUCCUGAAAAGGGAUACAAAUAUUUAUAUUUAACACCAGAUGAUUAUUAUCGUUUUAAAUAUGAUGAAUCUGUGAAUUGUGAAAAAAUUGAAGAAAAUGGAGAGAUACGUUUUAAAAUUAUCGAUAUCAUUGGCAAAGAAUAUGAUAUGUCUGCGGAGAAUCUUCGUGGUUCAGCAAUGAUUGCUGGUGAAACAUCUGCAGCGUAUGAUGAUAUAUUCACUAUUACAAUAGUUACAAAUCGUGCUAUCGGUAUUGGAGCUUAUUUAACACGUCUUGGUCAACGAGUUAUUCAAGUGAAUAAUUCACAUAUUAUAUUAACUGGUGCAAUGGCUCUUAAUAAACUUCUUGGUCGUGAAGUAUAUUCUAGUAAUAGUCAAUUGGGUGGUGUACAAGUGAUGGCAACUAAUGGUGUCUCUCAUUUAGUUGCAUCAGAUGAACUCUCUGCUUUACAAUUAGCUAUUGAAUGGCUUAGUUAUAUACCUCAACGUCCAAAUGAAACAUUUUCUGUUUUAUAUAAACCAGUACAAAUUGAACCAGGACAUAAUUUCAAUAGAAAUAAUUUAGCUAAAAUAGAAAUUUCAUCACAAUUAAAAGUUCAUCAACCGAAAGUGAAUAAACGAACUGAUUUUUAUUUACCAUUUGAUCCUAUUGAUAGAAUUGUUGAAUAUAUACCUAGUCGUGAUCGACCAAAUGAUGAUCCUCGAUGGAUGUUCACUGGUAUUAUGAGUUCUCAUUUCGAGGCAUUUUGUAAGUCCUCCAGUAAACAGUCUUCGUCAUCUGACCAACAAUUUGAAAAUGCAAAUACCGAUCAUUGGAUAUCAGGAUUUUUUGACUGGGGAACAUGGCAAGAAACAUUGUCAUCAUGGGCUGCCGGAGUUGUAACUGGUCGAGCACGUUUAGGUGGUAUCCCCUGUGGUGUUAUCACAGCGGAGACAAGAUCUGUUGUUUGCCGUGUACCUGCUGAUCCGGCUAAUUUAUCCUCUGAAGCACAAAUUGUUAAUCAAGCUGGUCAAGUAUGGUAUCCUGAUUCAGCGUAUAAAACUGCACAAGCUAUUGCUGACUUGUCACGUGAACAUUUACCUUUAUUCAUUUUCGCCAACUGGCGAGGAUUUUCUGGUGGGAUGAAAGAUAUGUAUGACCAAGUAUUAAAAUUUGGUUCAAUGAUUAUUGAUUCAUUACGUCGUUACACUAAACCAGUUUUUGUCUAUCUUCCACCAAAUUCACAAUUACGUGGUGGUGCUUGGGUUGUAGUAGAUCCAGCUAUUAAUCCAGAUUUUAUGGAAAUGUACGCUGAUCCAAUAUCAUCACGUGCUGGUGUUCUUGAACCUGAGGGUACAGUUGAAAUUAAAUAUCGACAAAAAGAUUUAAUUGAUACUAUUAAUCGAUUAGAUGAUUCAUGUAAAUUAUUAUUAAAAGAAUUAAAUCAUUUAAAUGAGCAUACAAACAAUUUGUCAAUGAAUAAUGAUCAACAAUACAGUACAAAAUUAUUGAAUAUUUCCAUAGAAGAACAUCGUCAACAACUUCGUACUGCAUUAGAAUCUAGACAACAAGAAUUAUUACCAUUUUAUCAACAGGUGGCUUGCAAAUUUGCUGAUUUACAUGAUACACCUGGUCGUUUAUUGGCUAGAAAACUUGUUCAUCGAUUAGUCGAUUGGUCAUCUAGUCGUAGUUUUUUUUAUACACGUCUUAGACGUCGUCUAUUAGAAUUAUCCGCAUUGAAUCUUAUCAAUGGUGUAUUAUCAAAUAGUUCUGAUCAAUAUCCAAUUGAUAUGAAGUACACUACUACUAAUACUACUAAUCAUAAUGUGCCAGUUUUAAAUUUUAAUUGUGAGACUAAUAAUAGUAAAGAGAUUUCAUUGAAAGAAGAAGAGGAAAUGGUGUCUAAACAAUCAUCAGUUAGUAAACUUCUACGUGUUGAAAGUAACCAUAGAAUACGUUUUGAUUCAGAAAGUUUAACACAAACUGUUACAACUAAUGAUCUACCUAAUAAUUCCGAUGGAAGAUAUUCACUUUCUUCAACUACCUUGAAGUCUACCGUUUGCAAUAGAGAAGAUGUUGCUAAUAUAAUUGCUAAACAAGUUCCUAAUUUAGCUAUUGGUUACACCUAUCAUACUGGUCAUAAAAUGUCUCUAUUAAAAGAAUGGUUUAUUGAAGCAUUGAAUAAUACUCAUUCUAAUAUAAAUAAUUAUGAUAUAUGGGAUAAUAAUGAUUUACUUAUUGGUAAUUGGUUAGCUAAUGAAUUAAAUUGUAAUGAAUUAUGUGAAUUAGCAACGAUUGAAACCAUUGAAGAAUUUUAUUCUACAGAUCUAUUCAUUCAUUGUCUUUCAUUUACUUCAGUGAAUCAUUUCCAUAGAAACAAUCAUAAUAUUAAUUUACAAUUAUUUAAUAAAAAUAUUAUUCAAACAAAAAUUCAACAAUUACGUAAUCAAUAUAUCAUGGAACAUAUGAAACAAUCGCUUAUUCAUAGUUCACAAUUAUCAUCGAAUGAAUUAACUACAUUAUUUCAAACUGUACUCACUUCAUCUGAACGUUAUCAUUUAGCUAAACUUCUUUUAUCAGAUUCUACACUAAAAACAGAUGAUCAUAUUAAUAAUAAUCAUAAUAAUGAUGAUGAUGAUAAACCAAAUGUAAAUGAUUGAAAAAUCAAUAACUCUCCUUUAUUACAUCAUAAAAAGGAUCAUUGAUAUGUUUCUGUGAUCUUUAUUGAUUUUUUUUUUCUUCUUCUUUGAUUAGAUUGUGUAUUCGUUUCACUUUAAUUAUUGAUUAAUCAUAAAUUAGGCUUCUUAAAAUUCUUAUUUCUAUCAUAACAAUGUUAAUUUCAUAUUUGUAAUGUAAUUGAUUUAUUCUCUUUCAUAUUAGUAUAUCAAUAAGGAAAGAUCGAUAAAGAGGAGAAGGGGGGGGAUCGAGAACAUUUACUCCAUGAACUGAGCAAAUGAAUUCAAUAAUAUUUUUGAUCGUUAUAUUAAUGUAUGUUAAUAAUUUGCUCACUAUCUAAUAUAUGUAUCUGCAUAAUUGUUUAUACUUUUAAUUACUGCUGAAUAAAAUUUCACAUAGAAACUGUAUAAAAUACAUACUUAUGUAAAGAAGAAAAACAAAAUCGUUAUUCUUGUAAUUUACAAACAACCACCCACCCACCCAUGCACACAUACACAUACAUGACAACAAGACUUAUAUCCAUUUGAUUAAGAUUUCAUGAAGUUUUCUUUGUGUCACUGUCUACUUUUUGUGUUCUCCAUGAGGUUUACUUUUCUACUUCCAUGUGUUGUUGUUGUUGUUUUUUUUUAAAUCUCGGUCUCAUCAUUUCGAUCUUUUAGUUAUUCUGUUCUCUUGUGUGUUUUUUUCUUGUUGUUGUUGUUCUUGUCAUUCUACACUUUCUCUUGUACAAAACAAUCGAGAAGAGAGAGAAAAAAAACCAAAUAACUGAGAGAAAAGAUGAUUCGAUGAUAGAAUUGAAAUUACCCUCCCCCCCCGCCCUUACCUUCCGCUACGUAUACAUUACGUAUGUGAUUUCAUUCAUUCCAAUAUAAUUGUUAUAAUGCCUAUUAACCUAUUUUAAUUCUUAUUAACUGUAUUCAAAUAAAUCAUUUCUAUUGUAUGUGUUAAAUACAAGAUAUUUAGUUGCUAUGGGUAGUCUAAUCUAACAUUGUUUCAUCAUUUAGAAAUAGGGUAUACUCGUCGUGUGAAAUCUUAAAAGGAUUAUCG